CGGGGAAGCUGAAAUGUGGCCUUUCCCAUAUCCGUGAGCCGGCACUGUGCACAUUGCAGAGCCAAAAUUAAGCGGAGAAUGUUACGACCAAACCGAAAACUGAGGAAACUUGUGGAAAUCAUCAAGAGCAUUGAAGAAGGGGAAGGAGCAGAGAGAAGAGUGUGUCAGGUGCUUUUCUGCAUGGAUGAUCAAGCCCUCAUCUGUGUGGCGUGUCAUCCAACCAGCAAGCACAAAGGGCACAAUCUGGUGCCCAUGGAGAAAGCUGCCCAGGAGUAUAAGGAAAAAAUUGCAGCUCAACAGACAUCUCUGAAGAAAAAUAGAGAGAAAAUUAUGGAGAAGAAAGUAGCUGAAGAGCAGAGGAAACAGAUGUGUUUGAGGGAGAUAGAAAUGCAGAAGCGGAUGAUCAAAUCUGAAUUUCAGAAAACAGAGUCAUUUCUUCAUGCAAAGGAGCGCCAUCAGCUGGCUCAGCUGGAAGACUUGAAGAUAGAGGCUGAGGUGAAGCAGAAUGAAAACAUCACUAGGUUCUCAGAGGAGAUUUCCUGUCUCACUGAGCUGAUCUCAGAGAUGGAAAAGAAGUGCCAGCAACCAGCAAGUGAAUUCCUGCAGGACAUCAGAGGUACCUUGCACAGGUGUCAGUCUGGGCAAAUGAGGCAGGUGGUAGAAAUUCCUUCAGGAAUUGAAGAGACUCUCAGAAGUUAUUCUCAGCAACUUCCAAUUCUUAAAAGAGCCAUGCAAGAAAUUGAAGUGUCUCUGGAGAAAGCACUGGAGAAAGGAUCACUGAAGGAAAGUGAAGCAGUGAAAGUGAUUCUGGAUCCUGAUACGGCCCACCCUUUCCUCCGACGACCUGACAAACGUGAGGUGGGAAGAGAGAUACCAGGACCUGCCCGAGAAACCUGGGAGAUUCAGCAGGGAAGCCUGCGUGCCGGGUCGUGAGAGAUUCACUUCCAGAAGACACUGGUGGGACGGGGCCACGUGGGCUAUGGGCAUCGCAAGAGAGCCUGUCUGGCGGAAGGGGACUUCAGGCUGAAUCCCCAAGAGGGGGU